AUGAAAUUAUCACUAUUUAUUCAGUUGGCUCUAUUCAUCCGUUAUACUACUUGUGAUUACUAUGAUGUUCUUGGAGUAUCUAAGUCUGCCUCAAAUUUAGAAAUUAAAACAGCAUAUAGAAAACUAGCGAAGAAAUGGCAUCCGGAUAAGAAUCCUACAGAAAAAGCAAACAAAAAGUUCAUUGAAAUAAAUGAGGCUUAUGAGGUACUAUCCAAUUCUAAGAAACGGCAUGAGUAUGAUACUUUCGGAAAAGUUCAUUCAGAUGGGAGUCAACCUCCCCCUGGACAUUAUCCCUACCGUCACGAAUUUGUGCACCCUUCAUUUGAAGAGCUUUUUGACUUCUUCCCAGGUUUCAACCGUGCCCCACAAUUCUCAGUCAAUGUCCUUAAUAUCGACUUUCGAAGCUAUCGCCUAACCCAUCUCCCUCGAUCUCGAACGGUGCCUUUGUUCAUAUAUGGUUAUUCGGAUUUUUGUUUCCCAUGUCGUCAAGUUCGUCCCAUUUGGUCACAAUUAGCAGAUGAGCUAACUCCGUUGGGGAUUACUGUGGCUAGUGUUAAUUUAGAACAUGAUUCUGCACUGCGUGAAGAGCUACGCGUAUUACAUGUUCCGAGUGUGACAAUAGUUGUUGAUGGUCAGGUUACUUAUUACUCUCGAGGCGAUUUCAGUCAUAAUAGUCUUAUUGAUGCAUUAAGAAGUGCAAUUAUGAAAUCGAAUCCUUCACUGUCUAAGGCGUUACCAACAUUUCUUAGCACAACAAUUGAUACACCAUUAAUACAGAGUAUUAAUGAUUAUGAUACAUUUGUUAAUACUUUUCAUUAUGGUUGGCGUCGUGACAGUCGACCCAGAAUGGUCCUUAUUAAACCAUUAACUUUACCACCGUUACGGUAUUGUGUGGCUGCUUUCAGAGCAGCAGAUCAUUUAGCAGCUGGUUAUAUUAAUUCUGAAACUGGUAGCAAUCAUAAUCUUGUUAAGAAAUUCAAUGUAAAUCCAAAUGAGGAGACCUUAUUGAUAUAUCAUGAAGAUUCAAGCAUACCUGUCUAUCGUCAGUCAGCUACAAAACUAUCACCUACUUUAUUGGAUAAUGCAAUGUUAGCUUAUAGUCAAUUAAAUAUCCCUAGAAUAUAUAGUCGUGCACGACUAUUAGAUUUAUGCCCAACUGAUGGAAGUAAACCAACCAGUAAAUAUGCUUUAGAAUCAGAUAAACGUUAUAAUGAUCAUUCUAAUCAUCGUCAUUUAUGCUUAGUAUUAUUGUUAAAUUCAAAGCAAUCAAAUGUUGAACAAAUAAACAGUUGGGGUGAUAUAUGGUUGACUAUGUUACGCCGUACAUUACAACUAUCUCAAGCAGAUUUAUUAAAAUUAUAUCAUACAAAUCAACAUAGUUAUCAUUUUAUGCCUGUACACAUUUAUGUGGAUCGUCAGAUUAGUUUGAUGCAAAAAUUAAGUACAUCUUCUACAUGUUCAAAUGAAUCGUGUAAUCUACUUAACGAAGACAAUAUAGGCCGUUUAGCAUUAAUUUGGCGUAUCACUUCAACUGAGACAGUUUAUCAACUUCUUCCCACUAAUUCAAUGUCUCAUCCAAGAACUCAUUUAAAUGAGAAAAUGCUUAAACCAAAUGAUUUAAAAAGUAUAAUACUGAAAUCAACCGAACAAAUGCAUACUGCCUUAAUGAAUGAUUUAAAAAGUAUUAUCCAGAUGAUAUCUACUACUGACAAAUUAACUAGUCCAUCAAAUCAUCUCACUCAUUCGAUUGAUAAAAUGGCAUCUCAAUGGUAUCUACUCAAAGAUUGUAUGAUUGAAGAAUUAAUGACUGAUGAAUUAGUAGCGUCAAUAUGGAUUAGAAUGAGAAAUAGGCUGUUACAGAUUCUUGUGGAUAUUGGACAUUCGAUGUUUGACCUUGUAAAUCAUCCAUUGGCAUUUGUUUUCUCAAGUUUUAUGAUUAUCAUUGGCUUACUAUUAUUCAGUUUGAUUUCAACCCUUAUACAAGCAACAAAAAAUGAACAGCAGAAUAAAUGUACUACAGAGAAACAUUACAAUGAAACAAAUCAAGGUGUUAAUACAUCAUUAUCAUCAAACAGUAAUAUUAAUGAUAAAAAUAAUAAUAAUAACAACAGUAGCAGUCAGUGUAGAAUUCCUGAAGGAUCAUUUGCACUUACUCCUAUUGUCUCCUUAAAUCCUUCCACGUAUGAUCGUCUUGUUCGUGAUGCGCCUAAAGGUUUCAGACUUCUAGUAUUAUGUGUUCGUGGAAGUAAUCAAGAUAACCGAUUACGUGAUCAAUUUGACUUCAAAACUCGUCGAGUUUGUGGAAGUCAAAUUCAACGUGCUUGUCUUUCCAUGGAUCGAUAUUCUGGUUGGCUUGCAAAAUUGCUUGAAUCUACCAGAUCAAAUUUACCAAUACAUAUUCGUUCUAAUAAAACUGUGCAAAAGAAUAGGAAAGUGAAUGAUACUACUGAUAAUAAUAAUAAUGGAGUUUUAUUUAUUAAUCCAGUGAACUGCGUUGGGACAGUUAUUGCUGUCAAUGGUUAUCGACGAUAUUUCAAUCUUUAUCAUCCUUUAAUUCCAGGUUCUCAAAGUAGUUCUGAUGAAAAUUCUGAAUCAGAUGUGGACGAAUCAUUGUCCAUUGAAAGUCAAGAGUCAGAUGAUGAAGAAGAUUUACAUCAAUCUAAUAUUAAUAACAAUCAUUCACAUUUAAAGUCAAGACAUCAAAUAACUGAUGGUGUAUUAUUUGAAAGUGAAUUAUUAGAUGGUUUAUCCAAUUGGUUAGAUCGUUUAUUUGAAGGUUCAUUACCUCGUUAUAAUAUUGCAGAAUGGCCAAUCGGUUUACUUGGAGAUGAUGACGAUGAUGAUUAA